AUGAACCCUGCUUCUCGAAAAAAGGUUAAACCAUCGUUUGUUUGCUUGCGGUGCAAACAAAGGAAAACAAAAUGCGACAAACUUUGGCCUACGUGCUCCAAAUGUAAGGCCUCAUCCUCGAUUUGCAGCUAUGAAGUGGAACCAGGACGAACUAACAAAUCUCCCACCAUCGACAAUGUCCCAUAUAGAGACCUUAGAAACCUCACUCCUGCAUCGAUAUCCACAAGUGGCUCCUCCACUUCCAUGCUUAAUUCAAGUGCUAAAGGCUGGGAAAUGAAAAAUUUUGCCAUGAACUUAUGGAAUGCGCACGACAAGCUUGUUGUAAUGAAUAAUACAACUAUUGUUGAUAGUCCUUUUGCUUUUCACAGCAUUCUUCAACAUGAUUUGUUUGCUAAGGCUUUGACCACUUGCAUACAUGGGAGAAUACUGAUUGAUGUCGAACGCCAUCGUGAAAACGUUUCUUCCAACAGUAAAAAGAGAGAAUUAAACUUACCGAUAGGUGAAAUUGGACCUUUGUUUUUCAUCGAUAAAGCUGCACUCAAAAUUAUUGAAAAUACCUCAAAAACAAGCAAAUUGACACCUCCAAUAGAUUUUCUAUAUAACACGUAUGAUUAUGAGCAAGCGCACCCUGAAGAAAGUAAUGAGAAAGUUUCUGUGAAUAUCCUUUUAGAGGAAUUAUCAAAAUAUUUACACAAUAAGGAUGAGGUUGAUGGCUUAAUCGUGGACUUUUACAAAACAAUAUAUCCGACCUAUCCGUUAUUGGAAAUAUCAUUAUUCGAAGAUAAUAUGAAAGAGCUGUUACAAUUGAAUGAAUUCAACGGGUACAACAUCGUAUUUACGGGUAAAGACUCUAGGAGAAAAUUGGAGACAAUAACGAUUCUAACAAUUAUAUUAGCUUUUUCUCACAGACGAUUGAGCCUAAGUAUUAAUAAUCCAUUUAAAGAGUCUUUUUGUGUAAAAUCGAACAAUUUAGCGCUACUCGCCCAUAAACUUCUUGCUCUGAUGAACGUUUUUCAAUAUGUUAAUGAACAUACAUUCAGUUGUUUGUUAUAUUUUUUCAUAUUACGGUAUUUGAAUCCAGAUCAAGUUGACAUGUAUCCUACCCACAGUAGCUUAUUAAAUUUAAAAUUUCUGGAAAAUGUGGCAAUAAAACUAGGACUGAACGAAGAACCCUUCCAAUACACUCGAUACGUCAGCGAAUGGGACGAUUAUCCAAGAUUAUUCAAUUUAAGAAGAAAAUUAUGGCUUGGCGUGCAAUUUUUGAAGUUUGAAAUAUCGACUCCGGAAGGUGAUUCUGACAUUCUAAGUUUAGAAUAUUUACGAUCCUUUAUCAAGACUGACAAAUCUCUACCAGAGCUAUUCGAGAAAAAUUACGCUUCUACUAACAAUCUAGACUUGUCCUUGAUGGCUACAGCAGAGAAUAUCUAUCAUUUACAUUUAUCUUUACAAGUACUACUAACUUCCUGUUACCCAAUAAAUGGCACUUCUUACCUGAAGGAGGUAUUGAAUAACAUUGACGAGACAAAAGAUUUCUUGAAUCAGAAAUUUCCUCUCAUUUUAAGUUCUUUUGAAGAAACAACGGUGAAAAGCUUACAUAUUAAUAUUCCCUCUUUUUUAGCAAACGAAGAAUCUUUUGACUUUAGCACUUUUGAAGAAAAUGAAACAUUUGUGGCUAAUAUUAUUGGUUACACUUGUACAAUGAACGUCUAUCAUAGCGUAUCGUUGCAUUUUGAAAAGCAAUCUUUUAGGAACGCUUCUGAGUUCAAAAGAUAUUAUCAUCGCUUUACUUUUGCAGCCAUACAAGAUUAUUUGACAUUACUAAAGUUAGUCUCGGAGUAUUUCAACGGAUCUCUGGUGCAUUUACGGGAGCCUUUUGGGCUUGCCACUCAGAAAGUAGUUCGCUUUUCGAUACACCGAUUAUUCAUAUUCCAGGCCGCCUUGCUUGUGAGGUUGUUCUUUAAAAAGGAUACAUGCAGUCGGCCCUCUGUUGCCAUGGGAAUGGAGAAUGAUAGAAAUGGGAAAAUCAAUCGAGUUAUUGAAAAAAUUAUUAAAUUAAUGUCCUAUCAUAUGAAAUUGCUUAUAGAAAUUGUUACCUCAAAACUAGAAAAGAGCUAUCUCGGUUCGUUCAUAUCGGUCUCUAUUUUCAGGUAUAUUAUUUAUUUGGUGGAUACUGGGGCCCUGUCUACGUUUAUCUCUGACUACUGGAAGAGCGGUGCUAUUAUGGAUGAAAGGUAUGCAAGAAUCCAUAGAAUUGUCGGUUUAAAAUGGGGGCUGGGCAGAGACAAGUCCUUUUCUUUCACAUCAAAAUUAAGUAAUCCACAAAUUUUGGGAAGUCUUGAUUUAGAGAUUUUAGAAGAAUUAGAAAAACUCAUCUCCGCCCAAGAAUUUUCCAGGAACUUUACUGAACAGGUCGUCGACUCUUCGCAAAGUGAAGCUGACCUUACAAAUUACGAUAAUGAAGCCUUAAAUCAACUAAUGGCCAUUGAUCUUGAUAAGCUGCUCGAAAUUUUCCCUGACUUGACUGACUUAGAAGAGGAAUAUCAAUUUGAAAGGCAUAAAUUAUAA